AAAGCUGCAAGAGUGCCAUUUUGUAUUAUCUUACAUUUCCUUCACCUUCUAUGUAAGAAAACCAUUUUGACAUACAUGCUGCCAAGCACGCCUGUCAAACUCCUUUUUGACGAUUGAAUUUAGCCAAGAUGGUGAAAGUCAAGUGCUCAGAUCUGAGAACCAAAAACAAGGGUGAGCUCACCAAACAGCUCGAAGAGCUCAAAAAUGAACUCCUCGGUCUCCGUGUUGCUAAAGUAACUGGUGGAGCUCCAUCAAAGCUCUCAAAGAUCCGAGUUGUCCGCAAGGCUAUUGCUCGUGUUUACAUUGUUAUGCACCAAAAGCAAAAGGAGAACUUGCGUAAAGUUUUCAAGAACAAGAAGUACAAGCCUUUGGACUUGAGGAAGAAACGUACCCGUGCUAUGCGUAAAGCCUUGUCACCCAGAGACGCCAACAGGAAAACCCUGAAGGAAAUCCGUAAGAGGUCAAUCUAUCCAAUGAGGAAAUUCGCUGUUAAGGCAUAGAUAACGUUUGCUACCCUUUUUGUAAUAGAAUUAACAAAUUAAACACAAAAAAAUUGUGAAGAAGAGUUCACAACAAAAACAAA